AAAUCGCCCAGGGCAGCGGGGUGCGGUGCUCGGCCGGCGGUGCCCUGCCUGGCCGUGCCGCCGGCGGCGCCGGGGCGGUGCGGCGCUGACAGGUGGCCGUUCCCCUUCCCGCGCCGUCCCGGUGGCUGCAGGACGAGGCGGGGGAGAGCGACGAGGGAGGAGGAGGCGGAGGAAGGGCAGGCAGCCUGCCCCCGUCCUGAAUAAUGUGGCUGAACCGGCACUAUCUGUUGAAAUUAGUAGGAGUCCUGUUGACAGCGUUGGCUGGUUGGUACUUGGGAUACUUACUCUGUGCUUUUGUAUCCAAAACCACCAUAACAGCAUCCAUUGCUAAUCUUCAAGACAUUGGAAAGAAACCAGUAUUGAGGGCUCCAGUCCCAAAAAGGCAGAAGUGUGAUCACUGGUCUCCCUGCUCACCUGGGGAUUAUGCCUAUCGGAUUCUUAGUGGUGGCGGCACGGGAAAGCUAGCUAAGAUUUGUUUUGAUGAUGAGUUGCUUAUAAGCAAAGAGAAGGGUAAUGUUGGAAGAGGUAUAAACAUUGCCAUUGUCGAUUAUAAAACAGGAAAAGUUACAUCAGCAGAAUUUUUUGACAUGUGGGAAGGAGACCACUCAGGAGAGAUGAUGACUUUCAUUAAAAAUGCACCAGAAGGGUCCCUCCUUUUGAUGGUGACUCAUGAUGAUGGAAGCACCCGGUUGAAAAAUGAUGCCAAAAAAUUAGUAGAAGAGCUGGGAAGUAAAGAAAUAUGGAAUAUGAAGUUCAGGUCAAGCUGGGCUUUUAUAGCUGCCAAAGGCUUCAAGCUGCCAGAUAAUAUCCAAAAAGAAAAGAUAAACCACUCUGACAAGAAGAGGAACAGAUACGGUGGCUGGCCAGCUGAAAUCCAAAUAGAAGGCUGUAUCCCAAGAAGCCUGAUCUGAACAAACGCAUACCUCAUUAAUAAAGAUGAUUCUAUAUUUUUA